AUGGAUGAAGAGAAUAAUAUGUCUCAAAGUGUUUGGUUCUUCAGUAAGUAUCUUCAUACAAGAAGUCACAAUAACGUGGCUAAAACCAGCAUGGAAGCUGAAUUUGAAUCAGAAAUUAGCAAAAGGCAUUCAUCGCCCCGCCCUUUAUUACCACCUAAAUUUCUUGGUAGUAAUAAUUUCCCAGGACACCGGCUAUCUUUGCCAGAGCAACAGUUGCUUCCUUGA